GGUGGGGGAGUCCCCUUCCUCUGCACAAUAUAUAAGCCCCUAGGCGGAGAGCCAGAGCCAUCCGUCUGCCUGCACACACCAUGGCUCUCCUCUCUGGCAUCCUCCAUCCCAGCUCGCAGAGGAUGAGGCUGCUCCUGGCAGCUGUGGCUUUGGCCUCCUGCCUCCAGCCAACGGAUGCCUUCUACAUUGUCCCCGUCCCCUCAAACCCCCGUGUGGGGCAAGAGGUCACCCUUUCUGUGCGGGAUGCCAGGAACCCGACUGUCUGCUUUUGGUUCCGAGGUGCUCAAUAUGACAACAACAGAAAGAUCUUCCAUGCGGAGGUUGGAAGGGUGAUUUCCACAGGCCCAAGUUACACUGGCCGUGAAGGAGUGACCAGAGAUUGCUCCUUAACCAUCCGAAACGUGCAGGCCUCGGACUCGGGAGAGUAUUUGGUGGUCCUAAUGGAAGGAUAUCAGUUCGGUAACUUCAAAUAUGCCGUGGGACGGCUUCAGGUCUCCAACUGAAGAGGCCUGUCUGGGGUGAUUUAAUCUUUCUUCCUGGAUCAGUUCUGUAAAGUCAAACGCUCUUGUUUGCCCAGAAGCAGAAACAGCAGCAUUAUGGCUGGCGCAUCCCAAAGCGGAAUCCGAUUUUCAACUUUGCAUCGCUUCCCUGUGCUCUCUCUCCACCACACGUCUGACCUUCUCCAAAAAGAAAUAUGCUUCAAUUAAAAUCCUCUUUUGGUGUUCAAAA